UAUGAAGAGGCAAAACAAUUUUCCUCUUCACUUUUUAGUUUUGUUGUUUUUGUGUCAUUAUUCUAUUGCUUCAUCUCAUGUAAGAAGGUUACUUCUAAGCCAUGAAUCAGAGCAUUAUGCAGUGAUAUUUGAUGCUGGAAGCACAGGAAGUAGAGUUCAUGUCUUUCGUUUUGACACUAAAUUGGAUCUACUUCCCAUUGGCAAUCAUAUUGAAUAUUUUCUUGCGAUAAAUCCAGGUCUAAGUUCAUAUGCAAAUAAUCCUAAAGCUGGAGCUCUUUCUCUAAAACCUCUUUUGGACAAAGCUGAAGCCGUGGUUCCAAAAGAUAUGCAGACUCAAACACCCCUUAAACUUGGGGCAACUGCUGGUUUGAGGUUAUUAAAAGGUGAUGCUGCUGUUAAAAUAUUGCAAGCGGUGAGGGAUUUAUUUAAGAAUGAAACUACUCUUAAUUACAAGGCGGAAUGGGUUUCAGUCCUCGAUGGUACACAAGAAGGUUCAUAUUUUUGGGUAGCGUUGAACUACCUAUUAGGAAAUUUGGGUAAAUAUGAAAGAACAGUAGCUACAAUUGAUCUAGGAGGUGGAUCAGUGCAAAUGACAUAUGCCAUCUCUAAAGAAAGUGCUAUAAAGGCUCCCAAAGUACCAAAUGGAGAGCCAUAUGUCCUUAAUAAGUCUCUUUUGGGAACUAAUUAUGACAUCUAUGUUCACAGCUAUUUAAACUAUGGUCAAUUAGCAGCUAGAACUGAAAUUUUCAAAGCUUCUGGAAACUCAUCAAGUAGUCCAUGUAUUUUGGGAGGUUAUAAUGGUUAUUACACUUACAAUGGAGUGGCUUACAAAGCAUCAUCACCAAAACAUGGUUCAAGCUUGAAGAAAUGUAGGACAUUAGCUAAAAAAGCACUCAAAAUUAAGGCACCAUGCAAGCAUAAAAAGUGUACAUUUGGUGGGAUUUGGAAUGGUGGAGGUGGACAAGGAUUCAAAAAUCUCUAUGCUUCUUCUUUCUUCUAUGAUUAUGCAGCAAUGGUUGGUAUCAUUGAUCCCAAAAAGCCUUCUGGAGCUAAACCAAUACAAUACCUACAUGCUGCAAAGCUUGCUUGCAACACCAAAGUAAAAGACAUAAAAUCAGUAUUUCCUAACAUUGAUGAGAGAAACAUACCUUUUAUAUGCAUGGACUUGGUAUAUGAGUACACUUUGCUUGUUGAUGGAUUUGGGCUGCAUCCCAAACAAGAGAUCACAGUGGUGCAUGAAGUUAAAUACAAGAAUUAUAUUGUUGGAGCUGCUUGGCCCUUGGGUUGUGCCAUUGAUGUUGUUUCAUCUUCCUCCUGAUUUGAACAUUGCCAUCUUUGAAUUUUAUCAAUAUUUAAUGUUAUUACUAGCGUCUUAA